CCAGACCGAUCGGUUUUCUGUCUGUCUGCCGAUUGGUCGAUCUGUCGUGUGUUGUGCUAUGUUGUGUCGUUCUUGUUCUGCGGGAACAUGGCGUCAGCGAUGGCCUGGAUGAUCGUCUGCUUGUUCUGGCCCUUGUGCACACCCUGCACGCCGUGAAUCUGCACACACACACACACACACACACAUGCAUCAGUGAGUCAGUCAGUGCACACCACGCGUGUGGCGGUGUCUGUCUGUCUGUCUGUCUGUCCGCCGCAUCCCGGCCACCCACCUUGGCGAACUGCAGUAGCUGGUCCUUUCUGUAGUUGUCGACCCACUCACACGACAUCUCCCCACGGCUCACAGGCAUCGCCUACACAUCAAGCACAGCGGAUGUGAUGCCGUCGUGAGUGAUCCUCCUUCUCCUGAUCCCGCCCCCCUCCCUUGCCUGAGCUGAGCUCCCUCUCCUCUCUCACCGGCAUGAUGACGGCAUCGAGCAUGCUCCUCUUCUUCCUAGCGGCACGGCCGUCGUCCACCAUCUCAUCAUAGGCACCAUCCUCCUCCUCCUCCUUGACACCCCGCUCCCCAACACGGGCGCCACGCUUAAUGCCCUGACGUGACACACACAUACACACACACACACACACACGAAGACCGUAGAUCGAUUCACUCACAUAUGGAUGUGGAUCAGGUGUUCGUUCUGUCACCUACCUUGGUAGCCUUGCUGUCCGUGUCCAUGCGCUCUGCGUCACUGUUGGCCGCCUCAUCCGCCGCCACUGCCUUGCCGCCAUGGUCGUCUGCGGCUCUGGUGCUCUUGGCCUUGCCGUCCUUGCUCUCCUUCUGGGCCUUGUUGUCAGCCUGCAUGGCCGUCAGCAGGUUCCUGAGCUUCUUCUCGGCAGCUGCGGCCUUCUCGGCAGACGCCUCGGCAACCCUCACACGAUCCGACAACUGAGCGCAUCUCACACACGCACACACACACACACACACACUCUCUUUUGGCUGAGUGGAUUAGAGUCGGCAGGUAGGAAUGUCUGUGUGCGCAUGUGGGUGGAGUGUGCGAUCAAUGUGUACACACCGCACCGCACCGUACCCCACCUGUGCGAUGUGUUUGUGAGCGGCAGAUUUCUCCUCAGACAACUUAGCCAUGUCGUCGACAACCUGACACACGCACAACAAUGUGAUAACAAUGCGCCACUUGCUGGCUGAUGGGCCCAUUGUGCCGUCCCCUCCCCGGCCGGCUCACACAGACAGACGGACGUACCUUAUCGUAUUUGUGUUUGAGCGCCUCGUGAGCGGUGAGCUGUGCCUUGAGUGCCUUGACCUCCUCCUCCAGCGACGCAACCUUCACACGCUCGGCAGACAGAGCCUUGUUGUGCCUGCCAGAAGUGCAGUGCAGUGCACCAGAAUGUCGGUUGGUCACAUCCGUGUCUGUCUGUCUGCCGGUACGUCUGUGUGUGGGAUAGGAUAGGAUGUAUGUGUGUCUACGUAAGUACUCACUCGUCCUGUGUGCGGAUGUUGUCCUUUGCGAUGGCCUGACGCACCAUCUGCUCCGCCAACUUGAGCUUCUGGUGGUCACACAACAUACACAACACACACACACACACAGAGAAAAGGCCGAUGCGUGACACAUACCAUCGUUGUGUCGAUCACGCACCUCAUGCGUCUGCUGGCUGUGGUGGUAGUCGGCGUGGCGCACCACCGCAUUCCACUGCUGCGUCACGACCUGCAGAUGACCCUCAAAGUCCUGGACAUCGUCAAACGACAACACAAACGCACGCCAUCAUUGCAGUUAACCAUUCAUUGCAACGACACACACAUGCCGGCGCCCCUCCCCUCAGAGUCUCCUGCAUGCCCACCUGCACAGUCAUGUGCUUCUUGGCCCAGUCCUGCGGCUGGCGCAGCGGACUCUUGGGCUUCUCCACGCGGGACCACACACUCAGGUAGUCCAUCUUGGGGGGGGGGG